UUUCUACACCUCAACUUUAUAUAUUUCUUCUCCUUUACUCUACACAGCCUCAUGUAACACAGCUCCGGCACCUAUUCCCUCAUAAUUAAAUCCUCACGACAAUCAUUCAUUAUAUCGCCCUAUAACAGAGAGUGAGUGAGUGUGAGAGCACGUCAUUCUUUUGCAGAUUUUGCUCCGGAUUGCGAGGACGUGGAGAGGGUGGCCAAACGUCUCAUCAACAUGGACAUUUCCAAUCCGAGGAGGAUUCUGGCCGUCAGCCUGGAGGGCUCGGAGCAGCAUCUGAGCCGUGUCAUCAAAGAUCUUACCGGUUCCUCACCAGAAGCGGCAUCAACGUCACUGGCGGGCACCACGCAUGACCUUGAGCUCAAAACAUCGUACUACACAGCCUCUGUCCCGAUAUGGAUAGAUCUCAUCGCUUCUCCGUCAGAAUGGGCUUCAUCUUUCCUAUCCGAAGAAGCCCGCGAGGUCCUCGCAGUCCUAGGCGGCCUUGUUCUAGUCUUUGCAAUACCUAAUGCCAAGCCCGCAUCUUUAACUGGGAACAACGACACCCCCAGUCUUAUUCGACACGUUGGCAGUGUCGUUCAGAAAGGCCUUGGCGGCUGGGAAUGGGAUGGAGUCAGGCUGGCUGUUGGCAUCGGUGAGGGCGACGACGCCGAUGACUGGGACGAGCUAUGCGCGGAAGCCGGCCUGGAGUUUGUACAGCUGAAAAGCGGGCAAAAGGAGAAAAAUGAGUUUGGAGAAAAGACGGGAAUUUCUCGGGUCAAAGAAGCCCUUGAAUCAAAUGACUGGGAGCAGUUAAACGAUGACCUGCCCUCUGAUUUGGAUGAGACGCGCUCUGAUAAAUCUGAAGACGCAGAGGACUUUGAUCCAGAGAGCUUAGACUUUGGUGUCGACCGUUCUGAUUUUGAAGGGUUGCGUAUGGCAAUUUGGGAAACAAGCCGUCUCGAAACUGGUGAUGCCGACAAUGCUCUCUCAAAAAAAGCCGAGACGGAUGUGUCUAAGGCGGCAGACGUCAAGGCAGGCCCCGCUACUAAUACCAACGAUGGCGUGGCGUUGGACCGCGACCUUGACGACGAAGAUGUGGCCAAGGUAGAGAAGAUGAUGAGGAAGCUUCAAGCAGCUAGAGAAAUGGGAGAGGGCAUGAGCGAGGCGCAGAGAAAGCGACUGGCAGCCAGAGCCGUCGAGGAGGUAAUGCGGGAGCUUUGAAGCCGGUGUUCUCUUUUUGUCUUUCGCACGCAAGCCA